GCCGGCCGACCGCUCCGCCCGACCGAUACACACUUUUUUAUUUUCCCUCCGAACGUAGGUCCGUGACAUCCCGAUUUUAACAGAAAAGCAAGCUCAAAAUUCAAAUUCAAAGUCGAAACCCGCGCGCGAGGAGUCCCUGCCGCGCAACACACUCCAGACGCUUCUGUCGAAUCCAAAAUGGCAGGACAGAGCGGUCUUGGGUGCUGUGCGCGAGCCCGCCUCUGACCGAACGUCUUUGAUCACGGUCGCUAUGUGCCUCGUUAUAUAAAUGUUACGCAAGUUCGGGACGGUGGCUGCGAGAAGGUGCAUCCGUUACGACCAGUAACGUCGUCGGUGCAGUGAACCUUGGAGCCCAUGUAACGCACUCGAGGACUGCCGCUAACAAAAUGAGCAGUUACAACAUGUCGAGUUGUGGUGAAACGGACGUCCUAUCGCGGCGGCUCCGUGAGGCUGAAAGAGCUCGUACUGACGCAGAGCGUGCACAUGCGGAUGCGCUUGCACAACUCCGAAAUGCGCAGCGUUCGCCGCAUGACUCACAUAACGUCGAGCAAAUGCAAUCGAGAGUACGCGAGUUAGAGAAAAAGGCUGCAUUGGAAACAGUUCGUUGUGAGGAGCUACAAUUAGAAUUGUCAUCUGCGAUGCGUGCUCGUGGCACUUCAACUACUGCCACCUGGACGACGUCAGUGGCUCAGCCCGCUUCUGAGAUAGAACGUAUCAUGGCAAAGAUUGAACAAGACAACCGCAUCUUAGCUGAAUUAGAACAUUCUCGAUCUACUACACACGGUAUACAACAGAGCGGAUCUAAUCAGGCACUGGGAGAGUUUCAUUCACCAACGCCAUCACCUUUGCCCCAUUCUUAUACGAGCGCAGGCCAUGUAGUUCUAUGUCAGAGCAACACCAUGCCGACUUUGUCUUCACUUCAUGCCACUUCACAGUUCACUGCCCCUAGCUCCAAUUCUGUUGCCUACUCUAUGAGUGCGCACAACCCUUCCUACUCAAACCCCGUAUCUGCCUCUUAUGGCUUGUCCAAUACCCAUCAGGUUACGUUUACAAACCCUGUUACUGCUCCACUCGUAAACAAUAUCAGUCAAAUUUCCAGUACUCUGGCUGGUCUACAGUCAAAUCUUCAAAAUAUAACAGGAAAUGUUUCCGCUAUGAGCUUGGGAUCAACGUUAGUUGGCCCUUCUAUGACCGGAACUAUGGCUGGGUCAGGACUUUCCAGCUGCUUAAAUAAUCCACCAACAAGUUUAUCUGGAGGACUUACGAGUACUCUUGCUGGCAUACAAAGUCAUUUACCUAGUGCCCUUGGAAAUGCUCUGUCUAAUCUAACGGGAGGAACACAAAUCGGAGGUCUCAAUACGAGCUUAACAGGAACCAACGCAUACGGAACUGGACCUGGAACCUAUACGAAUCCUCUCUUAUCGAGUGGCUUGGGAACAAAUACUAUGAAUAUUAAACUUAAACCUAUAGAUGAAAUUGAUCUUGGCUUAAGCAGAUACGGGACAAAUAAUCCACCAAUAGUUAGAGCUGCUACGCCCGUUACACCGCACCAACCAACUUGGAACUUAGGACUAGAUAGCCAAUUUGGAACUGAUAGAAUAGGAAAUUUAGACACAUUUCUUCACGACCGAGGUCCGAGAGCUAUAAGACUUUUACCAAAUAAUAUAUUGGACGUAGACGUUCGAAAUACCCAUUAUAUGAACGGUGGUGCGCCAUCUGAACCACAAGUUGAUAUGUUGGAUAUACCAGGGAAAGGCCGUUGCUGUGUUUAUAUAGCGAGGUUUUCAUACGAGCCACCUGAUGUCGAAAAUACUGAAGGAGAAUUAUCCAUCUGUGCUGGAGAUUAUUUGCUAGUUUGGGGUCCACCUGAUCCAAAUGCAACUAUGCUUGAUGCUGAAUUACUAGAUGGUCGACGUGGUCUAGUGCCUGCAAAUUUUGUUCAACGUCUGGUUGGUGAUGAUUUAUUGGAAUUCCAUCAGGCCGUCGUAGCUACUUUACGUGAUGCUGAUGAGACUGCAACCACAGCUAUAAGUGAUUUAUCCCUUAGUAGAGAUGUGGCACGUCUUAGUGAGAUGGCAGACAUUAGUGAAGGGCCUGAAGACGAUGAUAAUGUGCCCGCACCGCGCCAGCUCACCCUCGAGAGACAACUCAACAAGUCUGUGCUGAUUGGUUGGACGGCGCCCGAAGGGGUCCAGCAAGCGAAUAUCGAAAGCUACCAUGUCUACGUCGAUGGCGUCUUGAAAACUACUGUCAAGGCAACGGAACGCACACGUGCUUUGGUCGAAGGCGUAGACGCUAAUCGACCACAUCGAAUUAGCGUCCGUUCGGUAACAGCCACAAGGCGUACAUCAAGGGACGCCGCCUGCACUAUGGUAAUAGGAAGAGACACAGGGAACAUGGGACCUACCUGUGUAAGGGCUAGUGGAGUAACCUGUUCCCAAGCCGUAAUAUCAUGGUUGCCAGCAAAUUCUAACCAUCAACACGUCGUCUGUGUUAAUAAUGUCGAAGUUCGAACUGUGAAGCCAGGUGUUUAUCGGCAUACGAUAACAGGCCUCUCACCCAGUACACAGUAUCGAGUGACAGUCAGAGCUAAGCAUUUAAGAGCGGGUCUUCCUGGGGUUCCCAUUGAAGAGGCCCCUGGUGCUUAUACUGACUUCAGAACCUUACCUAAAGGCCUGCCUGAUCCACCUAAUGAAAUAAUGGUGGAAGCUGGACCUCAGGAUGGCACACUGCUUGUGACGUGGCAGCCGGUGCUUCGGCCUCCCGCUUCUGGGCCUGUUACGGGAUACGCAGUGUAUGCCGACGGCAAGAAGGUGACUGAUGUCGAUUCGCCGACUGGUGAUCAUGCUCUCAUCGACAUUGGCAAAUUGAUCGGCCUCAAUCCAAAAUGCGUCACUGUGCGAACUAAAUCGCGGGACAGCCAGUCGAGUGAUAGUGCCCCAACUCCUAUACCACCUGCUGUACUCCGAGGUGUCGCCUCAAGAGUACCCCGUGGACCCGGUCCUGGUGCCACACAGCCAACGCCUGGCUAUCGAGGCCAACGUCCACAGCCUUACCAACAACACCAGCAAGUGAUAGAACACGACGAAAAUUUAUCGGAUAAAGAAAUAUUCCCGACAAGCAACCGUCACGAUCCUCAAACGACUCAGCCCACGAGCGGAUUCGGCACAGGCCUCCUAAAGAGUAUAUUCGACAAAAUAACCCCUUCGCAAUCGGGGAUACCGGCCAUCGAAAUCACUAAAGAGGGAGCAGUGGAGGCCGGUAGCGGGGACGAGGAGGCGUCGCGUCGCCGUGCGCAGCAGCCGUCCCAACCUGCACAAGCGUCGCAGCCGCCUUCGGGUCAGCAGUACCAGAAUACACAAGCCUACCAUGGCACGCAGCAACCCCCCUAUCAACAGGGCGGCCAGUUUCAAAGUAACCAACCGAAUCAAUUCACUGGGCAGCCACAGCAGUAUCAGAACCCUCCGCCCAGGAAUCAUCACGAACGAGGGCGCCCUCCCAAUCCUCACCAGCAAGUUCAACAAACCCCACAAGGUCCUGUUCAGCAAUAUGGCCCACGUCCCGGGCCACCAAUGGGCCCUAGAGGUCCACCGCCGGGGCAGCGUCAACCUCAAAGUCACCAACAAUCCAAGAGAUGUCGCUACUUCGUAGCAUUGUUUGACUACGAUCCAGUGACCAUGAGUCCUAACCCAGAAAGUUGUGAUGAAGAACUACCCUUUAGCGAUGGAGACACAAUAAAGGUUUGGGGUGACAAAGACGCUGAUGGUUUCUACUGGGGAGAGUGUCGUGGUCGACGUGGUUAUGUUCCCCAUAAUAUGGUUGUGGAAAUCUCAGAACAGGAAGCCACUGGGCAAGCUGCCGCAAAGCCUCGGGACAGAUGGUCGGAUGCAUACACCCAACAACCCGUUCGACGAAUGGUUGCCCUUUACGACUAUGAUCCGCAGGAACUAAGUCCAAAUGUCGAUGCUGAAGCGGAAUUGAGCUUUCAAACGGGUCAGAUCAUUCACGUAUAUGGUGAAAUGGACGACGAUGGUUUCUUUAUGGCGGAGAUCGACGGCUUGAAAGGUUUAGUGCCCAGUAACUUCCUGACGGAAGCGACCGACCAGUAUGGGCAGGGACAGACCAGUCAAGGUGCUGGAGCGGCUGGUAGAACAGCAGUCGCAGGAUCAAGUGUUCCAGGGGGAGGACAAGGACGUGGGCGGGGUGUCCCGACCGGUCCUGGAGCCCGAGGCCCUCCCCCUCCACCUCGAGAAAACGUUGCCCCAGCACAAAGGAACCAUCAGCGAAGAGCAGAUGCCUGCCCUCUCCCCCCUUCUCAGUUAGACCACAACACAUGCGCCAGUAAUCCAGAACAGGCGAAUUCUCAGCAGGCGAGGGGGAGAGGCGCGGCGAACGCUCCGCAGGCGACCACGAUCGCGCGAACGAGCGCUGGUAACGUGAGCACGCCGACCGUGCAGUCCCCGGGGUCCACGGCCGCACUAACGGCCAUGCCCCCCAUAGGCACCACGACGGCGGUCAGCACCUCGCCCGCACGCCGCGGCGGCCCGGCUGUAGUCCCGGCACCGACCGCGCAACCCAUUUCUCAAGCUCAACCCCCUACAUCGCAACCCAACCUCAUGCAGAAGUUUUCGGAGAUGACCGCACCCGGCGGGGACAUCCUCAGUAAGGGGAAGGAACUCAUCUUCAUGAAGUUCGGACUCGGCGGCAAAUAAUGUCGGCGUUACGGCCUCUAGGGCCUUCUUGUACGUGAAUUCAACAGUCUUUUAUUUAUGUAUCGCCUCGAAAGGGGGUUCUACUGCUGUCUGUCUGCCCGGCUAAAAUUUAUCACGGCCGCGUUGUAUAUCGAAUUUUUCUACUUUAGGCCAUUCGGUUUUCCCCUAAUCCGAUAUAAUAUAAGGUAUGUUGUAAAUAAUUAAAAAUUAAAAUUCAAUAAACGCACAGUUUAGUGAAUAUUCAAAUAUUUAGUGGUCUCGAUAGUACGCACGGUUGAAAAUUAAACACCUGAAAUUAAAGUUUCGUGUAAUGUUUUCUGUCUGUCAGAUAUGUUCCCGUCUGUUCGUAUAGUUUUAGGUAUAUUAAGUAUAUAGUGGAGGAUACAUUUUAUACAUGCAUGGCAUGUAAUAUACAUUCUCUUCAAAACUAAGUAAAGCCGAGAUGUUAAAUGUAUAACCCAGUGUCUCUGCUCAUAUUCCUAAAAUUAUCCUCCACAUAACAGUAUUUUAUUUCGCAUAUAAAUACGAAAUAUAUUGUUUAAUGCAAUGUUGUCUAACCGUUAUUCCUUACUUCAACUUAUUUAGACUACAAAUAUAUCCUUAUAUAUUAAGUUAUCAAUCGCUAGAGUUGUCUUAUUAACUAAAUUAAACAAUUAUUCGAGUUAAAAAAUUUGAGUAAACAUAUUUCAGGAACGUAAUUAAUAAACGAACCGUAUUUUGUGGUACAUGAAUUCGAACCUGCAACUGUCUUUUGAUGAAACCGAUCAGUUGCGACUUGGCAAUAAUGGACAUGCACGCAAAUAAGAUUAACUGUUCCAAAUAUUUAUGAUAAUGUUACACAAAUUUUAAAUAUAUAUUAAAAUUUAAAAAUAACAUUAAUAUUACUCUAUAUUCAAUGUUCACAUACUGUAAGUUGUGUUAUUUAAAAUAAUUGUCAUUGUAUGUACAUCUUUAUAUAAUAUAGGUAUGUUAACAUUUACAGUUCAACAGCCGUUUAACUAAUAAUAAGAUUUUUCUGUAAGUUCAGUAAUUAAAAUAAAACAUUAAAUCCAAAUUCCCACUCCAAAAAAUAAAUAUUCUGUGAUAGUAGACGUGAUACCAUCUUUCUCAUUAAUUAAUGUAAUUAAAAUAAAAUAAUUGCGUCAUUUUAUCACAUAGAAUUUCGAGACCUUUUUUCAAUGUUUUUAACUUCGAUCCGUUGAUCGAAGGUUGCCAAACAAAAUGAAAGAAACUUAGGUGGAGUGGAAUAAGCAAUACAUUCGUGCUAAAUAAUAUGAAAAACAAUAAUUCAAAUCAUGACAUUUUUUUCUUUAAUCAAAGGUCUUAUAUUGUUCUACUCUUUUUGAAAUUAUUUUUGUAAGCCAAAUAAUAGCGAAAAAAUUCAUUAUGUCAAAAUAAUUUAUUUCAU